CUUUGAAAUCGGUUACAUAAUCUAAGUGUUUACGUUUUUUAUAAUGUUUGUGUUUGUUUAAUUUUAUUAUAAGGUUAUUCGAUUCAUAUUAUAAAUGUUCAAUUUUUUUCUGAUCUGCGGUUCAAUUAUGUCUGACAAAGAUGCCGGAUUUUGUUCGGGUGAAGAUGACAUCGAUGUAGAUGAUGUACAUUCACCAACAGAUGCCAGUGAAGAUAGUAUCGAAGUGAAAGUAACACCAAUAUCACCUCGUAAUAAAAAUAAACGAAAAUGUGCUGAGCCCCGUAAAGUACCCUUGAAUGAAGUAGGUCCAUUAAAGAAAAGAAUCCGUCGAGAUAUUACCACUACGCCGACAUCAAUUGAAAAUCAAAAUCCAUUUCGACCAUGGAGUAGUAGUGAUAAUAACAACGAUCCAAAUAUUGUACCGUAUCAUCCAGUUUAUGGUUACAAACCCCCACCACUGAUAGCACAAGAUGAACCAUUAUCAUUGGUCAAAGUUGAAAAAAGGAGUAAAAAGAUUGAUGAGCCACAAGUAUCAACAUCGAUAGCAUCAAUAAGACCUAAAGAUUUUGCACGAUUUCCUACUGAAGAUUACCAUCGUGUACCCCCACAUCCUGGUGUUAUACCCCCAAGACACCAAUCCACCACACCCCAGAAUGUUCCAGAACCAACAAAGUUCACAACGCAACAACAGAAAUUAUCAUCACAACAGCAAAAGGAACAUCGUAAUUAUAAAAAUAUGACACGUGAACGACGAAUAGAAGCGAAUGCACGCGAACGUACCCGAGUGCAUACAAUUAGUGCAGCAUUUGACACUUUACGACGUGCAAUACCUGCGUACUCUCAUAAUCAAAAAUUAUCAAAAUUAUCUGUGUUACGAAUUGCGUGUUCAUAUAUUUUAACAUUAUCUCGUGUGGCCGGCACUGAUUACAGUGCGGAUCAGAGUGAACCUCCAUUAGCCAAUUGUGUUGAUCUUGUUAGUCGGACAAUACAAACUGAAGGUAAAUUACGAAAAAAGAAAGACGAUUGAAUAAAA